CAAAGGCCUGUUCUUUAUGUGAGCUGGACAGUGUUUACUGAAGACAAGUGUGAAAACUGGAAACCUCAGUCUCCAUCAUGCAGAACAGCUCAGGCGCCAGCUUCUCCUGCUACCACGAGUCCGUGUUGGCCUAUCGCUACUUUGCAGUUAUCUGGGGCGUGGUCGUAGCUGUGACGGGCACCGUGGGCAAUGUGCUUACCCUGCUGGCCUUGGCCAUCCGUCCCAAGCUCCGAACCCGGUUCAACCUGCUCAUCGCCAACCUGACCGUGGCUGAUCUGCUCUACUGCACGCUCCUGCAGCCUUUCUCCGUGGACACAUACCUCCAUCUGCAUUGGCGCACAGGCCCGCUCUUCUGCAGGGCCUUCGGUCUCCUCCUCUUCACUUCAAAUUCCGUCUCCAUUCUCACCCUCUGCCUCAUUGCUCUGGGACGCUACCUCCUCAUUGCCCACCCGAAGCUCUUUCCGCAGGUUUUCAGUGCCAAGGGGAUCGUGUUGGCACUGGUGGGCAGCUGGGUUGUGGGGUCAGCCAGCUUUGCCCCCCUCUGGCACGUUUUUGUCUUGGUGCCUGCGGUCUGCACCUGCAGCUUUGACCGCGUGCGAGGCCGGCCUUACACUACAGUCCUCAUGGGCAUCUACUUUGUGCUGGGGCUCAGCAGCGUGGGAGUCUUCUACUGCCUCAUACACCGCCAAGUGAAGCGUGCAGCUCGAGCUCUGGACCAGUACCGGCUGCAACAGGCCAGCAUCUGCUCCCCCCAGGUGGCUGGGACACGGUUGGACAGCGGGCUUGCCUCAAGAGGGCCCAGCGAGGGGACUUCAUCUGACCCAGUCAGUGCUGCAACCACGCAGACCCUGGAAGGUGACUCAGAAGCUGGGGAACAGGGCACCGGAAAGGCAGCUCAGCAGACGGCGGAGAGAGGCCUUCCGGAAGCCCGUCGCAGGCCCGGGGAAGCUGCAGGAGCGCGCAGAGCCCCGGAAGCCUCGUCGGAUUUCGGGAAGGUAACACUCAUGUGCUUCGCCGUGUUCCUCUGCUUCGCCCUCAGCUACAUCCCCUUUCUGCUGCUCAACAUCCUGGACGCCAGCGGCCGUGCCCCGCGGGUGGUGCACAUGGUGGCUGCCAACCUCACCUGGCUCAACAGCUGCAUCAACCCUGUGCUCUACGCAGCCAUGAACCGACAGUUCCGCCACGCUUAUGGCUCCAUCUUGAAACGCGGACCACAGAGUUUCCGUCGGUUCCAUUAGAGCUGGCUGUCUAUCCACCAGGCCAGGCCACACAUUCGGAACCAGCGCAGCCCGCAGAGGGCGGGACAGGAGCCCUUCACUCCUUGGACAUCUCACAGACAGUGGUGUGAAGUACACCACUUCUCCAUCCGGGGAUCAGUGUGUCAGCCCUGCAUGACCCAAGGAGUGUGGCUAAUUGUUAAUAAAUGCAUUGCACUCUCCCCACU